CACCUAUCACAUAGGACUAGAGGCGAAUGAGGCCUAUCUUCCUUUUGUCUUCUCUUUCCUCUCUCGACCACCAUGAGGAUAUCGCAAAGUCAAUUGCACGCGCCCCUUGCGAGGCAGCCGAGGUUCGAGGCAGCGCCGCCCCGCCCGCCGCCAAUCGCGUGAAUCGCCGACCGAAAACCGCGAUGGGGAUCCAUGGUCGGUUCGCAGAGAGUCUGGGACACGCCCAAGAUUAUUGAUGCUGGUCUUGGAUGGCUCCGCAAAGGCAACAACGCAGCAUCGAGAUUUGGUUGAUCUGAUCGGUCGACGGUCGCCUCCAUCGCGGCCUUGCCAGUCCAAUCCAGGCCUCCAACUCUCCUUUUUUUCCCCCUUCUUCCCCAACUUCAUAGCCAGAGAGAGUCCACCCUCGCCAUGCCGUCGGUCCCAACAAUGCUGGGCUCCACUACCAUCACCAGAAGGCUUGUUCUCGCUGGACCUCUGUCGAGUCUGCCUAUAACUGCCCCGACCCGGUUCUCGACGCUGUCCCGAGGCAUCUCCCUGGCCCCGAGGCUCUCUCGAAAAACUUACUCGACUGCUUCUGCUGACGCAGCUUCUCCCCCCUCUCAAACACCUCAGCCCCGUUCUCGCUUUCGCCGCUUCGUCGGCUUCACCACCAUCGCUGUCGUCGCAUUCACUGCCGGCUUAGUCUACCAAACCUCCAAAACAGUCUCGCGCAUGAUGUCAGUCAAUCUCACCACCGACGAGGAGACCCUCUCCGCCUUCGUCCCCCACGACGACUUCUCCAAGGAGGUAGACGAGUAUAUCCGCACCCAUCCUGUGGCCGUGUCACUGCGCGAAAACCCUGCGUUUACGGAAUCCCGCCCACACAUGAAGAUCCCCGAGCACCUGCGCGCGCGCACACUCACAGGUGGCACGCUCUCCGGUCCUGAUAAGAUUGUGGCGCCGCCCCUGGUGUUCUGCGAAGACGGCGGGAAGAGCCUGGUGUCGCUUUUUUACCUCGGGCCAAGUCUCUGCGGUCACCCGGGGAUCGUGCACGGCGGGUUGCUGGCUACGCUACUGGACGAGGCCAUGGGUCGGUGCUGUUUCCCCGCCUUGCCGAAUAAGGUGGGCGUGACCGCCAACUUGAGCCUGGAUUAUCGCAAGCCCGCGAUGGCCGGGAACUAUGCCGUUUUGCGGGCAGAAACGGUCAAGGUCGAGGGUCGCAAGGCCUGGGUGGAGGGUCGGAUUGAGACUCUGCCCGAGGAGGGCAAAGAGCCGGUGGUGCUGGUAGAGGCCAAGGCCUUGUUUAUUGAGCCGAAGCAGGCGGCGGUAGGUUCAGCGGAUCCGUUGACUAAGAGAGGCUAAUCAGACAUGCAGGCAAUGUCGACCCUUUACAACAUCACCAACUAACUGAUUGAAUUAACUGAUCCGAUCUAAAUCACUUAUAUAUACAUGAAACUUGGACUCGACGGUCGUCGCGACUAGAUCAUUUCACAGGCGCAUAGAUGGACUGG